AGUUAAGGGGAAGGGCGGUGGAAGACGGGAGGUUGGUCUUGGGAGAGAGGCGGGGACCACUCCGGCACUUCCUGUUUAAAAACUGCGGACUGGAAUCGGACGGAAUCGGUCGGAGCUGCCGGGAGACGGAGCGAGAUGCCGCGGGACUACUCGGGGACCUACCAACUGGUCCAGCAGGAAAACCUGGACGCCUACCUCAAGGCACUGGACAUCGGACUGCCACUCCGGAAGGUAGUGAACCUGCUUCGACCCACCAAGGAGGUGCAGCAGGACGGGAAUCACAUGGUGAUCCGCACCCUCACCGCCCUGCGCUCCUACACUAUGGAGUUCGACGUGGGCGUCCAGUUUGAGGAGAACCUGGGACCCGUCGAUGGACGCAUGUGUCAGACGACUGUGCAGUGGGACGGAGACCGUCUGGUCUGCACGCAGCUCGGUGAGAAGCAGGACCGGGGCUGGAUCCACUGGCUGGAGGGAGACAUGCUGCACUUGGAGAUGCACGCCGAGGGGGCCGUCGCCAAGCAGGUGUUCCAGAGGAAGACGUAGUUCACAACUGGACACAGGGCUCAUCACCGCGUCACAAACUUCCCUCACCCCUUCCUCCCGGCACUCCCCUCUCCUUUCACCCACCCUCCCUUUCCCCAAGCCUCCCCUUCAUCCUGUAAGGAUUGCAUUAAAAUCCCAUGCACUGUUAACGUGCCAAGCCUGCGCCUGUGUCUACGGUUCACUGGCUGUUUGGCUCCUCGAUGAUCGCUUUUCUCGGGGUGGCAGACGAUGACCUAUGUGUACUUGGAUAAUAAAUUUCUACUUUGACUUUUGAAAGGGCAA